UAAGUUUAUUAACAAUUAAAUAUUUUCAAAGCUGAAAAUUCUUAUACUCUGUAUAAAUAAAGCGGGUAUUAUAGUCCGAACCAGAUAAUCAAAACGAACCCGAUUUGUGACAAUUCCUUAAAAUUCAAAGAAAAAGAAAAAUUAAAAAGCCAAAUAAUACAAUCAAAUUGCCUUCCGCCACAAUUUUGCAACUGUUGACCCGUCUGUUCUUCUUCAUCUGUGCUGUAAAUCCGGCACUGGUAGAUUUUGUAAGUAUUAUGAAGUAAUCAUGGGGAUAAUGACUAAUGCACACCAGCUGUUUGUGAAAAUGUCUAGUCAAAGUAAAGGCUUUAAAGGAGAUGGAUGAGAGUAUGAAACAAUUCCAGCAAAACUUGGUUGAGCUUGAAACUGAAGCCGAGCGACUCCUUUUAACCCGUCAUCAGUUGGUUGAGAAUGAUAAAAUAAGGAAUGGAAACAGGGAAGCAUUGACCGCAUUGAGAAAGAGAGCUCGGACAACAAAAACUAGUGUUUCUUCUCCUUUUGAAUCAAUAAUGAAGGAUGUUGGGAAGUCUGCUUCAAGGCCCUUGGUGAAGGAGGUCUGCGCAACAUGCGGGAACCAUGACUCAGAUGAACGCACGUGGAUGAUGUUUCCAGGAGCAGAUGUUUUUGCUAGUAUCCCAUUUCAUGCUGCUCACACCAUCUUGGAGACAGAUCAAGAAAGACUAGAAUAUGAUGCUAAAAAACUUCAAAGCUAUGUAAAGGAGAAAUCCUUCUUAAUUUCAGAAAAAGGUGCCCUUGCAGACAAGAUUAGUCCUGGUGUGCUGAGAUCUCUGGUUGCCUUAACAGACAAAACAAAAUGAUGGAUCAAUCAGCUUAGAUUCCACAGCUGAAGACUGUAAUUCAAGUAAGCAUGGUAAUGAAUUUGAAAACUCCAAUUCCACCCCUUACCCCUUUCGCUGUUGUCAUUAUUCAUCUGUUAAGUUGGUUUAUUGGUCAUUUGACAAAACAUGUUUGAUUUUGACAAGGCCUCAUGUUAUGCACUUGUACAAUACAGUAUAAUUUUAGGUUAAUGCAACAAUGAAGAGAGUAAGAGGGGACCAAUUGUUGA